GCGACCGUCGCGGUCAAACUCAUCGCGCCCUCUCCUCCCCCUCUUCUCUCCUUUAUAUACACCCUCAUCAAUCAAUUGGUAACAAUACAUCCCACCCACCACUCUAAUCUCUCUCUCUCUCUCUCUCUCUCUCUCUCUCUCCACAUCCCAAAAAUAAAAAUUAAAAAAAACUUAAAAAAAAAAACAAAACAAAAUGGGGCACAAGGAGGAGGAGGAGGAGCUGGAGAAGUGUAACUGCAGGGGGGGCGAGGUGAUAAUGGGGGUGCGAUACCGGGGAGUGCGGCAGCGGCCGUGGGGGCGGUACGCGGCGGAGAUCCGCGACCCGGCGAAGCGGCGGCGCGUCUGGCUCGGCACCUUCGACACCCCCGAGGCCGCCGCCCGCGCCUACGACGCCGCCGCCCUCCGCUUCCGCGGCCCCAAGGCCAAGACCAACUUCCCCCCUUCCCCUCCCCCUCCCCCUGCUGCCGUCUGCUCCUCCCCCGGAUUCACGCUCCUCCUCCGCACCGCGCCGCCCGCAUGCCUCCGCCACUCCGACUCCGACUCCAGCUCCAACUCCAACUCCAACUCCUCAUCGUCGUCGUCGGCAGCGGCGAUAGCGAUGUCGAGAGGGUUCCCGUUCGAUAUCGACCUCAACCUCCCCCCUCCUCCGCCGUCGGAGGCCGCCUGGUAAAAAUUAUUAAGGAUUGUCAUGUCAGUCAGCACACAAAUUUGGCACCGGCUAUAUCAGACCAAGAAUUAAUUUUGUAAUUUUACUUGGUUAACUUUAACUGUUUUAUUUUUAUUUUUGUUGGAUUUGAAAGAUAUAGAAUCAAGAUGUAAAUUUAUAUAUAUAUAUAUAGUAAUAAUAAUAAUAUGAUGGACUUGGUUAGUUGUUAUUUUCUA